UCUUUAAUCUAACCACACAAAAUGAUAAUUCAAUCAUUAACUAUGAAAGAAGAAUAGUUGCAUCAUUUGUAUGUAUGUAAUUAUGUGUGUUGUAUGAUGCAGAUGAUUGAAAAUAGCGGUAUCUAUAAUUUACACAGAAUUAAUUUCAGCCAAUUCCAUUCCCAUUGAUUCCAACUUGAAAAUCAAUGGUAAUAGUAGCACUAUCACUAUCACCACUCAUAAGGAAAAACCUUUUCCUCAAUUCCCUCCACACCACUACCGACUCCCCUCAACCACCAAUUCUCAUCCCUAAAUAUCCUCCUCCCUACAAAUUCUUCCAAAAUCCUCCCACCAACCACCUUUCUCUUAAACACCAUCACCGCUUCAACAACCUCAAGCCAGUCAGCCGCCAUGGCAUUGUUGCCUCCAACGAUGACUUUACCGUAGCCUACCUCCUCUCCGAGGCUCCAUUCAAGUUCCAAUUCAGCUACUUCGAGACCCCAAAGGAGAAGUCCAUUGCCAUUAAGGAGCCGGUGUUCCUGCUGGAGUUAUUGAGCCUGCCCGCAACAUCAUGGUACCAAUAUGGUGAAGUAGUUGGAGAUGGCGAAGCCGUUGAAGCUUGGAUGCGAAUUGGUCGGGUAUAAUUGAGGCUCAACCCGCACCCUACCCGGCCAGCACAAGAAUACUACCACACCAGAUCGGGUUGACAACGUUAUUCGAUCAGGUUGGAUCGAAUUGGGUACCCGCAGGUAGAGUGCAUGUUGCCACCCCUGUUGGUAAGUACUCCAAGAAUAAAAAGAUUAGGGAGAAAAUACUCGACGACCCUUGAAGAAAUGGGAUAUAGCAAAUAAGGAUGUUUGUUAAGCCUAUGGUCUUCGAAAAUCGUCAAGUUAAUCUUGGUUAAGUUCCUUCUUUCCUUGCUAGAGGCGGAGAUUGCGGCUGGAGAAAAGAGCAGAGUGCAAAAAUCAAGGGAAAAAAGAUAAUUGGAGUGAGGAAUGUGAGGAGGAAAGGUGAUUAUGAAGGUUAUUUUGGUUCGAAAAUUAAAAAAAUAAUUUUAAAAUAAAAUUUUAUGUUAUACAUGAUUUUGAA